AUGUCGAAAGUAGUCAGGAGCGUCAAAAAUGUCACAAAGGGGUACAGUCCUGUCCAGGUCAAGGUGCGAAAUGCGACGUCCAACGAUCCGUGGGGCCCGACGGGCACAGACAUGGCUGAAAUUGCAGCCCUCACCUUCAACAACCCAGGCGACUUCUACGAGAUCAUGGAUAUGCUCGAUAAGCGACUGAACGACAAGGGCAAGAAUUGGCGUCAUGUGCUGAAGUCCUUGAAAGUUCUUGACUAUUGUCUGCACGAGGGUUCAGAAUUGGUGGUCACUUGGGCCAGGAAGAACAUCUACAUCAUCAAGACAUUGCGAGAGUUUCAAUACAUUGAUGAAGAUGGCAGAGACGUGGGACAAAAUGUCCGAACAUCUGCCAAAGAACUGACUUCACUCAUUCUGGACGAGGACCGGCUUCGCAGCGAACGCUCCGAUCGGAAAUUGUGGAAGACGCGUGUCACGGGAAUUGAUGAGUAUGCGCCUCAGGCCAUUGCCGGUCCAACAUAUCCACAGCGAAGACAAACAAAUCAACACGCCGAAUCCCUUGAACGGAGAGAAGAAGAAGACAUCCGGAAAGCAAUGCAAGAAAGCUUGCUGGAAGAACAAGAAAGAGCCCGAAAAGUGCGGCAGGUCAAGGAUUCCGAUGAAAAUGACGCAGCAUACCUGAAAGCUCUCCAGCUUAGCAAGGAAGAGGCGGAUCAGCGCGCCCGACAGCUUGAGGAACAAAACGCCUCUUCGCUUUUCGACGAUACUCCCGCACCAGCGCCAGCUCAGAGUCACCCGACCGGGUACAACCAGGGCUACCAGCAGCAGCCCGCCGUAGAUUGGUUUGGCAACCCACUGCAACAGCAACCACAGAGCACCGGCUUCUUGAACAGUCAGUACGCCCAACCGCAGCAGACAGGCUUUCAAAAUGGCUUCGCCGGUGGCUUUCAGCCUGCCCAGCCUCUGGGAUACGAUCAGUUCGGCCAGCAACCAUUCCUGCAGCAACAGAAUACUCUUCAACCGCAGCAGACGGCCUUUCAGACCAACAAUCCGUAUGGCGGACAGCCUUCUGGGGAUCUCUUUGGAGUACAAUCACCUCAACAAACCAACCUCCAGCCUGGAACCAACAACCCUUGGGCCAGUCCGUCGCCUCAAGUCCCUGAUGCUCUAAAACCGUUACCUACCGGGUCGAACAACCCUUUCGCCCAAAAGCCACAGCAGCCGGCCCCUUCGCCUUUCGCGCGGCCAAGCACCCAGCCUUCGUUGGGCACUCUGUACGAGUCGCAGCCAACUACGCAAUUUACACAGCCUUCACAACCAAAUCCAAUCCUGAAUUACUCGGCGCCGCAGCCGACCUUCCAGCAACUUCAAAAGCCAGUCAAUCCGCAACACGCCAAACUCAAUGCCUUGCUGGCUUCGGGAGAAGGACAGGAUACAUUUGGGAACACAGGCGACCUGCGUAUUCCGGCUCAACACACUGCACCAGGAACGUUUGUCAACUCGGCUGGGCAGGGUCUCGAUCGCCUCCGUGCCGCUCAAACCGGUACCAAUCCAUUCUUUUCAGCACAAGCUACCGGAUUUGGCCAAGCACAAGGUGGGUUUGGUCAACAAAUGCCGGCUCAAACCGGCCCAGCAGGUGGGUUUGGGGGCGGGUUUGGCCCGCAGAAUGGCAACCCGUUCGGAGGCCGGCCGGUGGGACAGCAGGGUGGCAGCUUAAUUGACUUGUAG